AUGACAAGUAAUAUUGGUAUAUACGAUAAUUUUGACAUUGGAGAUGAUGUCACAUGUCGCAUUGGGACAACAUUGAUGAAAUGGAGGCUUGCUUCUGGAGUCUUGUGCGUUAAGAAGCUACCUCCUAAGCUUAAAGGUAAGUUCUACAGAAUGAUAGUUAGACCGUCCUUGUUGUAUGGAGUAGAGUUCCAACCAAUUAAGAACUCACAUGUUCGGAAGAUGCAUUUUGCGGAUAUAAGGAUAUUGUUGAUACGGAUGUGUGGACAUACUACGAGUGACAAGAUCAGAAAUGAGGUUAUCGAGGAGAAGAGAAAAAGGUUCUCAUUUGUUCCUACAUCUAUAUCUGUGUGCUAUUUAAUUGUUCCUAAUUUUGGUGUGUUCUUGAGAGAGAAGAAUUGGAUGGUUGGUAGGAUUUUCAAUCAAUCAACGGUGCCUCAAUCCGAAACGAGUGAAUUUACUGGUAACGGUAGGAUUUUUCUGUCUAUUUUGCAGAAUUCUGAUGAUUUUCCAGUUAUGUCAAGUGGUUUGAUGAUUGAAACCUGUUAG